AUGUCACCUAUCAAGGGACCCGGCGAGGCUCAAAGCCAUGAUGGUGAGAACGACACUCCCCUUGCCCCGCACGCGACGACGAGCUCGAGCUCCGGUCUCCGCGUUGCCAUUAUUCAUGCUCGGUGGAACGAUAAGAUCAUUAGUGAGCUGGUAGCUGGAGCUAGAAGAAGCUUACUGGCCGGUGGAGUUUCCGAGGAUAACAUCACCAUUGAGACUGUUCCAGGAAGUUACGAAUUACCUUAUGGAGUGCAGCGUCUGUACGCCGCCUCCCAGGUUCAGGCCAGCUCCUCCGGCGAAGGCAUCAGUGCCACGGACCUUUUAUCAGCCUCGACUUCUGAUCUGAGCAAAUCCGCAACCGGCACACCCAAGAAGCCCUUCGAUGCCAUCAUUGCCAUCGGUGUUCUGAUUAAGGGUGCUACCAUGCAUUUCGAGUAUAUCGCCGAUGCUGUCAGCCACGGACUGAUGCGGGUUCAACUGGAUUCUGGCGUUCCGGUCAUUUUUGGUCUGUUGACCGUUUUGACUGAGGAGCAGGGUCUGGAGCGUGCUGGAUUGGGUAGCAAUGGAAUGCAUAACCAUGGUGAGGAUUGGGGUAGUGCUGCUGUUGAGCUUGGUGUUAAGAGACGGGAGUGGUCUGAGGGCAAGAUUGCCGUGUAA